GGUGGAAUUUUUUUGGGCUGUGAGUUCGGCCUCGCCUCUCUCUAUAUCUGGGCUAUCGGAAUUUUUGCUGCUGGUCAGAGUUCGACAAUGACUGGUACAUACGCUGGACAGUUCGUCAUGGAAGGUUUUAUACAAGUUUCAUGGCCUAAGUGGAAGAGAGUUUUGGUCACUCGAGCCAUUGCUGUUUUGCCAACUCUCGCUGUCACUUUCAUUGCCAACGGUGUGAAUAAUUUAACUGGUAUGAAUGACUUCUUAAAUUGUGUUCAAAUGGUGCAGUUGCCGUUCGCACUGAUUCCUAUCAUCACGUUCACCUCCAGUCAGAAAAUUAUGCAUGAUUUCCGGAGUUCCAGAUCGUUUCAAAUCUUCGCAUUGGUUGCGGCGACGGUAAUAAUAGCCAUCAACAUAUAUUUCAUAUUUGACUACGUCAUCUCGGUCAUAGGCUCCCAGUGGUUCGUAUUGGCAAUUCUUGCGGUUCCGACAGUUAUCUAUGUCAUGUUUAUCGGUUAUCUGGUUGUCUACUGUUUUGUGGCCUGUGAAUUUGUUUCGGAGACUAUCGUAAGCAUUUGUAAACAUGGUCUGGAAGUUUCCAUGGGAAAUAUCUUCUCAACUAAGUUUAUUUUCAGUCGAUUCGAGGUCGUCAUCAAACCGGAUGAAUCAAAACAGUACAUGAAUCGAGAUGCGUAUGAUAGUCAAAGUUGUGUUGAAUGA